UUCAGGUAGGUUCUAGCUCAAGCCCAAAUGGUAAACAAUGUUGGAGAACGGACAACAACAACAGAGCCGAAAAAUGCCCCACCAUUGCCCACAUCGAAGAGAAGAAAUGAGAAGAUUGAAGAAGAAAAGCAGUGUAAAAAGAAAGAAUUUAACCGAGCCAGAGGGAAAACAAGGAUAAAUAUCGGAGCUUAAUUUUGGAGGAGGAGGGAGCUGCGGAAUUUGUAAAGACUGAAGAGUGAGGCAGAGUUGGCUGCUUUUCUGAGGGACAAGACUGGUAUUUGGAGAGGAGGAGAGAGGGGAAAAAAAAAACUGCUGAGCUCCGCAAGGAAGUUGCCCGAGGCGGACAGGGACCCCAAGGAGUCCGCGGAGGGAGGCUGGAGACGACGCUUCUUCACCCCUUCACACACAGUCGGAUGGAUUUGAUUGUCUGAGGCUCCACUGAAGAUGUGACUCGUGGAUUACAGGCUCCGAACUUCCCGACUAGAUCUCUGCUGCAUCGCCGCCACAUUGUGACGCCGCCAUCUCUUCGUCACGCUGCCUCUUCUGGAAUAUGAUUCGCUCAUGGGGCUCGGCUAGCUCCACCCCUGGGGUCCCUUCCCCCUUCUUUUGACCAAUAGGAAGGCACUACUUUUCUACAGUUUUGGAAUACCGUGCUGAAGCCCCUUCGAGUAUCGCCUUGGCCCUUGUUUGGUAAUCAUUCGUUGAUCAUGGAACCACAGUGGAACCCGACUUCCUACCCACAGUCCCCCUCUCUUAUCUUCCUGCUCAUGGCUACUACCUACACUUGGUUCCUUCCAGUCACCUCCCCUCAACGGAUCCCAACAGAUCCCGCGGCGGCGCCUGAGUACGCCCACUCCAUCCGACUGGACGGGGACAUCAUCCUCGGCGGAUUAUUUCCGGUGCACUCGCGCGGGGACCGUGGCACGCCAUGUGGGGAGCUGAAAAAGGAAAAGGGCAUCCAUCGUUUGGAGGCCAUGAUGUUCGCCAUUGACCUGAUCAACAAGGACCCUGAGCUGCUGCCCAAUAUCACGCUGGGGGCCCGGAUCUUGGAUACCUGCUCCAGGGACACGUACGCACUGGAGCAGUCCCUGACUUUUGUGCAGGCCUUGAUAGAGAGGGACGGCUCUGAUGUCCGCUGCGCUAACGGAGACCCUCCGAUCUUCACCAAGCCGGAUAAAAUCGUAGGUGUGAUCGGAGCGGCGGCCAGCUCAGUGUCCAUUAUGGUGGCCAACAUCUUGCGCCUGUUUAAGAUCCCCCAAAUCAGCUACGCCUCCACGGCACCAGAGCUGAGCGACAACACCCGCUACGACUUCUUCUCCCGUGUGGUGCCGCCGGACUCCUACCAGGCCCAGGCCAUGAUGGACAUUGUCACGGCUAUGGAGUGGAACUACGUGUCCACGCUAGCCUCGGAGGGCAACUACGGAGAGAGCGGUGUCGAGGCCUUCAUCCAGAUCUCCAGGGAAACUGGUGGUGUGUGUAUUGCCCAGUCCUUGAAGAUCCCCAGGGAGCCCAGGCCAGGGGAGUUUGACAAGAUCAUCAGACGCCUGCUGGAGACCUCCAAUGCCAGGGCCAUCAUCAUGUUCGCUAAUGAGGACGACAUACGACGAGUUCUCGACGCAGCUAAAAGGAACAACCAGACGGGUCACUUCCUGUGGGUGGGCUCGGACAGCUGGGGUUCCAAAAUCUCUCCCGUGGUUGGCCAGGAGAGAGUGGCCGAGGGAGCCAUCACCAUUCUUCCCAAACGAGCAUCUGUGGAUGCGUUUGAUCGGUAUUUCCGUAGCCGCUCGCUGUCCAACAACAGAAGAAAUGUUUGGUUCGCGGAGUUCUGGGAAGAGAACUUCAACUGUAAGCUGGGGAUGCACGGUAAACGGCCCGGCAGCCUGAAGAAAUGCACAGGUUUAGAAAAAGUUGGUCGGGACUCCAGCUACGAGCAAGAGGGCAAGGUUCAGUUCGUGAUGGACGCCGUGUACGCCAUGGCCCACGCCCUGCACCGCAUGCACCGGGAGCUCUGCUACGGGUACCCGGGCCUCUGCCCGCGCAUGGCCAACAUCGACGGCAAAGAGCUGCUCAGCCACAUCCGCGCCGUCAACUUCAAUGGAAGUGCCAACACACCAGUGGUUUUCAACGAGAAUGGCGACGCUCCAGGACGAUACGAUAUCUUCCAGUACCAGAACACCAACAGGUCCACCGCGGAGUACAGAGUCAUCGGCUCCUGGACCAAUAAACUACACCUCAGAGUCGAGGCCAUGCGUUGGAAGUCAGGUGACCCAUCCCUCCCACCCUCAGUAUGCAGCAUUCCGUGCCGAACGGGCGAAAGGAAGAAGGUGGUCAAAGGUGUGCCGUGCUGCUGGCACUGCGAGCGCUGUGAAGGAUACCACUAUCAGGCAUCAGAGUUCACAUGUGAGCUGUGUCCGUACGAGAUGCGACCCGAUACCAACCGCACCGGCUGCGUCCCCAUCCCGAUCAUCAAGCUGGAGUGGCACUCCCCCUGGGCCGUCGUGCCCGUCUUCAUCUCCAUGCUGGGCAUCAUCGCCACCUCUUUCGUCAUCGUCACCUUCGUCCGGUACAACGACACACCCAUCGUGCGGGCGUCGGGGCGGGAGAUGAGCUACGUGCUGCUGACGGGAAUCUUCCUGUGCUACGCCAUCACGUUCCUGAUGAUCGCGACGCCCGACGUGGGAGUGUGCUCGUUCCGGAGGAUCUUCCUGGGCCUGGGCAUGUGCUUCAGCUAUGCAGCGCUCCUCACCAAGACCAACAGGAUACACCGCAUCUUCGAGCAAGGGAAGAAGUCCGUAACGGCGCCCAGGUUCAUCUCUCCGGCCUCCCAGCUCGUCAUCACCUUCUCGCUCAUCUCCGUCCAGCUUCUCGGGGUCUUCGUCUGGUUCGCGGUGGACCCUCCCCACACGGUCGUGGAUUACGGCGAGCAGCGGACCCAGGACCCCUUGGCGGCGCGCGGCGUCCUCAAGUGCGACAUCUCGGACCUGUCCCUCAUUUGCUCCCUGGGUUACUCCAUCCUGCUGAUGGUGACGUGCACGGUUUACGCCAUCAAGACGCGAAGCGUGCCCGAAACCUUCAAUGAGGCCAAGCCCAUCGGAUUUACCAUGUACACCACCUGCAUCAUCUGGCUGGCGUUCAUACCCAUCUUCUUUGGCACGUCGCAGUCUGCAGAGAGGAUGUAUAUCCAAACUACCACCCUGACCAUCUCUCUCAGCCUGUCCGCCUCUGUGUCUCUGGGGAUGCUCUACAUGCCCAAGGUCUACAUCAUCCUCUUCCACCCCGAGCAGAACGUACCCAAACGAAAACGCAGCUUUAAGGCGAUCGUGACAGCCGCCACCAUGUCGGGGAAACUGAGCCAGAAGGGAGGAGACCGGCCCAACGGAGAGGUCAAGACUGAGCUAUGUGAGAGCAUGGAGACCAACAGUGAAUUCCCUGGAAGUUGCAGAAAAGCCCCUGUGGGUAUCUUUUCAACACACAUGGCGCAGGCACACCUUGCUUCAGCCACACAAAGCAGCGAAACAAGAGAACUUGAACACCUCUUUGAACAGACCGACAGCAAGGCUGAUGAAACCGGAUCCAGGACCCUGCCAGGGAAUCGUCCUGCUGCUGGGACUUGUGAGGAUGGAGAAGUCAGCAGCCCCAACAAUCGAUGUCAAGCUCUGGAAGGAAAUGGCUCCAACCGUAUGCUGAUUUCCUCGGGCUUCGGUACAGAAAGAUCAGUGAUCUGAGAGAGACGGAGAGGAGGCCAAACAGGACCACGGCCAAAGCAAAGGGAGAUGGAUUGAGGGGGAUGCGGGAGAUAAUGAGAGGAGUUGGAGAAAGCCCAUAGACAGUGAUAAAAGGAUUGAAAGGGAAAGGGAAGAGAGAGAAACACAGAUAACAAUACAGAGGAACAAAGACAAAGGCCGAGACAAGAGGGAGGAGGGAGUCGGACAGGCUGAAGAGACAGAAACAAAGAGAGCUCGGCUGCCUGAUCCACUCAGACAUUAUCAGGUACACACGGACUUUGCUUUUAAUCUCAUCUGUUUAAUCAGAAACUGCUUACAGACCACUUAACAAGGCUGCAAACUUGCUAACACCAGUAAACACCCAAACGCUGAUACAGAAAUUAAAGAAGAGCUCCCAAGUAAAACGUAUCCGUCGUCUGUCGAGGUUAUUUUCCUCAUAUGCUGAGUUUACUAUGUGAAGUAAUUCAAGAUAAUCCCGUAUGGUCCUGUUUUAUUGAGUUGUUUACUUACGUUAUCCCAAAUGUCUGUAAAAACUAAUGAAACACUACAAGGCUCAAAGGGUAGAAGUCAUAGAAGUAUGACUGUAGACUCAACAGAGAAAUGGCUCAGACUAAUACAUGAGGGAAAUAUGCAAUCGGAGGUCUUUAUUCCUCUCCACUAGGGAACUAAAGGGGAAAUAGACAUGUUUGGGCGUUUUUUGCUCUAUUGGAUAUUGACACUUGACGUCUUAAAAAACCUCCAGUGGUUGGAUUUUCAAACGGUUGCAUAUAUGAUAUUCUAAGACUCAAUAGGCAUCAAAGAUGUAAAAGACAGAUGUGUGUAGCAGACAUUUCUUUACAGACAUUCGAUAGAAAAGGUGGUUGGCUGCAAUGUGCCGCCUUGGCUAUCUAAAAGGGAGGUGUAAUAUUCCAUCUUUUCAAAAAAGCUGCUAGUUGGCCACCACUGGGGUAGGCUAAAUCCACGGACCAAGGCGCAAAAAGGCCGGCCACAUUGGCUUGCUGCCUAGUAUAAAAAUGACCAGUGUGGAAUAGAGGGGAAAAAACAGUGCUGGGAUCUGUUUGGAUAUGGUUAAGAAGGACGACACUUUUUUUUUUUUUUUUUUCUUUUUUGUCUUGGACUCUCAGGAGGCACCAUCUCCUUUUCUUCAGCUUUGAAAGCUGCCAUAAGAGCAUAAAAUCAUGUAGAGAGCUGGUGACAGGUUGGAGCUGUGUCUGUGAGAGUUAACAGCCUGCAAUGAGCUUUUUGCAGCAAAUAAUUGGGCUUUCACCCUGGGAAUUUGGGUUGUCAUUAUUUCUUUUGAAUUCUUGUCAUAGCCUGUUUGCUUGUAUGUAUUUUUUUGUGUGUUUUUUAAAAGCAUGCCUCUGUCAGCCUAUGCAAAUACUCCCGUGUGCCUGUGCUUUUAGCCCUGUGUGUGUCAUCUCAAAAUGCACUUCACAUUCGUAUGAAGCGUAUAAUCUUAAUUCUGUCGUGAAUAUGACGGCUCUUUUGCCUCGGAACAAAAUAAAAGCAAUUUGUUCGCCCAUCACGCUGAUCUCUGUGU